UCAUACACACCUUAAAAAAAACACCUUUCUCCCCCCCAAGUCUUUACUACCGUUCCCGCCUACUCACAGUCCGACCAUUGUACACCUGAGGGCUGGGAUGGUAGUGGUGGUGCGGGGGGGGGGGGGUUAGUGCUGAUUUUUAUCUCCCUCCCUGCCGUGCGGUCCCGCAAAUCUCAUGCAAGUCCAGGUAAAUCGAGGGGCUGUCCUUAACGCACCGGUUCUGCAGAGAGCGCAAAAGAGGAAUUACCUGUAGUCCGGGUUCUGCAGUUAGACCACACCGCACCGACUUGAAAGUCCAGUUCCGCAAGAAGAGAACCCAGGAUAGAGCUGGAGAGAAAUAUGUCACAGGAGACGGACAAGCAUUCAAAGUAGAACAAAGAAAUACAAUAGAAUCAAUGAAAAUCUACACACAAAGAUGUGUAAAAGGAGACAAACUGCACAUACAAAAAAAAAGAAUAAUACUGACUACAUGGGUUGUAGAGUCCUUAGGUUGUGGAAUCGGUUCAGAGCUGAGGAGAGUGAAGUUGUCCCUGCUGGUUCAGGAGCCCGAUGGCUGAUGGUUAGUAACUGUAAAGACAGCAAGCGCCUGGUGGUAGUACUACAGAAUGACUCAAACUUCCAUCCCAGACGUGCCUAUACCAGUGAAGAUGAGGCCUGGAAGUCAUAUCUUGAAAACCCUUUGACAGCUGCCACAAAAGCGAUGAUGAGCAUUAAUGGUGAUGAAGAUAGUGCUGCUGCCUUAGGAUUACUUUAUGACUACUACAAGGUCCCCAGGGAAAAAAGACUGAUGCCACUUGGUAAAGUAGCUGAUACACAAGAUGAUCAAGAGAAAAGAAAUUGCCUCACGUCAUCUGAUAAUCAGAGCAACCUGGAGGUUCAAGAUAAUCGGGUGCAAGUUCUGAAGUCCCUCCCAGUGAAUCUGUCGUUGCACCCAGAGCACGUGGACGUUUCAAAGAGAGAGAAUUAUGGUGCGAGUCUGGCUGAGAACAUGCCCGUGUCAGUGGCAGGAGUGGCUGUGGUCAGCAUCAAGACAGAGAGUUACCCAACCAGCUACCCGGGAGCAGCGAACCCCAACGUGCACUACAGUAGAGCUGAGAGCGACGAACAGAGAGGGGUGAUUUUUGAACAGAGCCUCAGCAGCAACCAAUAUGAAGUGCUCACCGUUACACACACCAACUACCUCAAGGAUGACCAGCGAAGCACACCUGACAGCAGCUACAGUGAAUCUUUCAAGGAAGGAGCUGCUGAAAAAUACCGCAGCCCUUCAUUAGGAGAAGAGGAAUUCAUCUACGAACAGACAGGAGGAGAGUCUUUCCAUUACAUGUUGGAAGCAACAAAGUCCUUGCGUCAAAAGCAAGGGGAGGGGCCGAUGACGUACUUGAAUAAAGGGCAGUUUUACGCCAUAACCCUCAGGGAGACUGGAGCCAACAAGUGCCUUCGUCAUCCAAUCAGCAAAGUUAGGAGUGUAAUAAUGGUGGUAUUCAGUGAAGACAAGAACCGUGAAGAGCAACUGAAAUACUGGAAAUAUUGGCAUUCCCGACAGCAUACAGCCAAACAGAGGGUUCUUGAUAUCGCUGAUUACAAAGAGAGCUUCAACACCAUUGGAAACAUUGAAGAAAUUGCCUACAAUGCCAUCUCUUUCACCUGGGACGUGAACGAGGAAGCUAAGAUAUUCAUCACCGUGAACUGCCUGAGCACGGAUUUCUCCUCACAGAAGGGGGUGAAAGGACUUCCCCUUAUGAUACAGAUCGACACCUACAGUUACAACAAUCGUAGCAACAAGCCCAUUCAUCGUGCCUAUUGCCAGAUCAAAGUCUUCUGUGACAAGGGAGCUGAAAGGAAAAUCCGGGAUGAAGAACGGAAACAGAACCGAAAGAAAGGAAAAGGUUCAGGGGCCUCAAAUCAAGUAAAUCCCAGUUCAGAAGCCAAACUGAACACUGCAGCCAUGCAGAAGCGAGGUGACGCGACUUCCUUCAAAACGGUGACCGACCUGGAUGCUCAGCCAGUCCUCUUUAUUCCAGAUAUCCACUUUGGGAACCUCCAGAGGAGUGGACAGAUGUAUAGUGUCAGCACAGACGACAUGGAGAGGGAAGGUGUCCUUGUGAAAAGGAUGCUCCGAUCACUAGAAGAUGAAUACCCCCCAACAGCCACCAAACAGAUUAAAGAGGAAGUGCAUAAAAAAGUCCUGCUGUACGUACGGAAGGAGUCUGAUGAAGUGUUUGAUGCAUUAAUGUUGAAGUCUCCAACCAUCAAAGGGCUGAUGGAUGCAUUAUCUGACAAGUAUGGCUUUCCAGCAGAAAAAAUUGGAAAAAUUUACAAGAAAAGCAAAAAAGGAAUUUUGGUAAACAUGGAUGACAACAUCAUAGAACACUACUCCAACGAAGAUACCUUCAUUCUCAAUAUCGAAAGUCUGGGUGAGAGCUUCAAGAUCACUCUGACUGAAAUUUAACAAGGACUUCGAAUGAUAUGUACUUCACAGGGUUGGAUCGGAGUUUGGCCAGUGUGCUGGCAUCAGCCUGACUGCUGAAUAACUGUUAAUGACAAUCGAAAAAGGGCUUCGCUCUCAUAAAGUGAACAAACUGUGUACAGUUAACAGAAUCAAUGAAGCUGAACUGCCGUGUCUCUUUACUCCAUAAUUUUCCAAUAUUACAUCUUUAGAUACUGUUGCAUUAAUCAUUCCAGCAACUACAGAAUAAACACUAUGAUGAUGGACAAGAUUUUAGCUAAAGGCGAUUGAAUUGGUAUGGGCAUUGGAUGCAGUCAUGCCCGGUAACCCCUUAUUUUCAGCUCCAUGGCACUUGCCAUCAGUUUUGUCCUGUGAUUAUCUGUUCCAAUCACACACACGUUUUUCCGUAGUGGAUGCAUUCAUCGAUACCUCAGAGAACAAGCUUGUGAAUGAGAAAGUAAAUGUCACUCCAGUCGCUUCUUCAUUUGGAAAGCAAUGUGUUUUGUUAAUUAUGAGAGCUUCUACAUCAUCUGAUUGCUUGUUAGUCAAAUACAUAUGCAAUUAAGAUUGAUAGACCUAAUGCUCAACAGGUUAUACAGACUAUCUGUGUCUGUCUAUGUAGCAAGGGAACCAAUAUCGCCCUUAGUAGAAUUUGACACUAAUUGAAAUAGAGAAUAGCGUAUAUAAUUGUAAAAACAAUGUCUAUAAUGUGCAAUAUUAAAUUUUACGUAAGGCAUGUUUACUGCCAUUAUGCUUUCUUUGGGUUGAGGGUUUUUGCGGUAGUGUGUAUUUUUAUUUUUUAAUAUAAAACCUGUCUCCUUUUGUCUAUAUAUUAAGUUAGAAAGGCAUCUCGAGAUUUUACAAAGUGACUGUAUAAACUGCAAUCCAGGCUAUUUAAACGACUCGAGAAACUUGAACGUUUUUACACAUUGAGUAAAACUGUAUACAAGGUAAUAUUUUUGGAAAUGGGAGUUGGGAUCUCUUCAGACUUUGAAAAGACAGUCGUAUUUUAUUUUUUGUACAAUUUUUUAAGAGCGAAAUAAACAUCAGCGAAAGUGGACUUCUGUUGUACUUUUUAAGGAUGUAGUACCAGGCCUGACCUGCCCUCCUGUUCCACACCACGUCAAGCUGGAAUUCAGGUGCUGGCUGUUAGUGGGCGGCGUGGUAGCACCAGCUGUAACCCACACAGUGAAAUGCAUCAUUUUGUGUUAACAACCAACACAACCAAAGGUGUGCCGGAGGCAGCCCACAAGUGUCGCGACACUUUCCAGCGCCAGCACAUAACAGCAUGCCCACAAUUGAUAAAUGGAUUGUGACUGGUAAAAACUGACAGGGUAUGGAAAUACACAGACGUCUCCUCUUUCCUUUCCAGCCCUGAAGAAGGGUCUUGGCCUGAAAUGCCGACUUUCCAUAGAUGCUACCUGACCUGCUGAGUACCUCCACCAUUUUGUGUGUGGUUGCUCUAGAUUUCCGCAUCUGCAGAAUCUCUGUGUAUAUAGGCCCUGAGAUUCUUUUUUUUUGUGGGCAUUCUCAGUGGAACAAAGAAAUAUAAUAGAGCCAAUGAAAAAUUACACACAAACUAAGAUUGACAAAAACCAACCUGCAAAAGAAAACGAACUGUGCAAAUACAAAAAACUAUAAGAUUCAUGAUUGUUCAAUGUCAAUUCCAGUACACAAGUGUAAAGGUGAAUGAAAUAAUUGUUACUCUAGAUCUGAUGCAGCACAAAAAAACAC